CCAGCAGACGGCAGCCACUGCUCCGAACUGCUCCAGUGUCCAGUGGUCUACAGCCUUAAGGAUCUCCAAGGAUUAACAACCACACAAACACACACACUUAGACACACAGGAAGCACCUGCCGCGUGGUGUCCCGCGAGUGUUGUAACUGCUGCUGUUGGUGUUCCCUCGAACAGUGAAAAGUGAAAUAUUUGAAAUGACAUUGAAACAGAGGGGUUGGCAGGCUCUUAGCCUGCUCGCAGUGCUAUUCCUCGCCAGCAGUUGUGAGGCGGCCACCGAGCAGUUGAGCAAUCCGCCCAGCCCGUCCGUCCAAAAUGCCGGGGCCCGGACCAUUUUACGGGUCUACGACGAGUGCACCCGGGCCGAGGCCGGGUUCGUGCCAUGUCUGAAGAAGAAGGCCAUUUCGUUCAUCGACCGUUUAUCUCCCAUUGAUGCCAUUAACGUGGCCGAUGGCAUCAAGCUGGUGCGCCUGGAAAAUGCUCCUGCCCGCUCGCCGGUGACCAGCGAAAAUGAACUGGAGUCCUCGCUUCCAAGGUCGGGCAGUGAUCGCGAUGCCAAGCUCACCCACAUGCUCAUCGAAAGGCUGAGCCUCUUCUUCAAUGGUCACUCGCUGCAGGUCAGCUUCCCCAAGCUGACAUCCGAUGAAAUAGGCCGGGGAUUAGAAGAAGGUCGCGGUAAAAUGAAGAAAAUGAUGGGAAUGAUGAUGAUGGGCAUGGCCAUGAAACUAAUGGGAAUGAUCCCGAUCGCCAUGGGUGCCCUGUACAUCCUGGCGGGCAAGGCGCUGAUCAUCUCCAAGAUUGCCCUGCUUCUGGCAGGUAUAAUCGGUCUGAAGAAGCUGAUGUCGGGCAAGUCGUCAGGCGGCAGCUCGGGAUGGUCCUCGGGCGGCGGAGGCGGUGGCGGCGGAUGGUCCUCGGGCGGUGGCGGAGGCGGUGGCGGCGGUGGCUGGGACAGGCGAUCGCUAACCGAGGCCCAGGAGCUGGCGUACCGGGCACAUGGACAGCAGCAGGUCCACCAGCAACUCCAACAGCAGCAAUUGCAUCAGCAGCAUCCAAAGGCCAGUGCACCACAGGUGACCCAGUCAUAGGAUGGAGGUAGAUCUUGGAUCUGUCGAGUGUCAGAUACAAAUAUGCAUUUAUCUUGUGGAUAAAGCUCGGACGACGGCGGACGGUCACAGAUUGUAAUUAGAUAUACAUAAACACUCUUUUUGCACUUGCACUGCGGGGCAGACAAGAAGGCUUGAUGAUGCGUUUCCAACGGUUAACUCUACGCGCAGUGGCACUUAUGGAUACAUCGACUGAAAUGUAUCUAGAACGUGCGUUCCCACUGGGCAAUGCGGAUGAUUUUUUUUAAUGAUUAGUAUUUGCUUUAAUCGAUUAUGUUUUGUUUGUAACAUGUGGCGCACUAUCCGCUCUGCCCUGCUCUGUUUACUGUUAGCUAAUUCUAUCUUUCUACCUGUAUCUGUAUCUGCUUCUGUAUCUCAAUCUGCAUGUGCACUCUGUGCUCUUCACAACUUCUCACUUGCUAACUGCACUUGCUUUUUCAAUUACUUCUCGUACUUCCGCUUCUCCAGCUCCGUUUCCAACUCACUCCACUCUGCGCACUCACAUUAACUCUAGAUUGCCUAACUGUAUGUAGCCACUAAGUGUAUUAAUUUAUUUAAACUAUUUAUUUAUUUAUUUACUUAUGUAGUAGCCAUAAGUGUAACUCGCAUGUAAGCAGCAAAGUUUUCAAAAAACAGAAAAGCAAAAAAAAUGUAUACAAAUAAAUCAUUGAUACCA